GCUUCUUUGGAUGGGGCCGCAGGCCCUCGUUUGGGUCGAUUGUGUACGGCUCGCCGUCAGCGCCGCCAACGGCUGGUGGCAGUGCGUAUGGCUCGAUGAACUCGACAACAACGUCGGCUACAGCAGACAACAGGGAAGAGUUGGAGGCGCUCAAGCGGGAGGAAGCCGAGCUGCGGAGCGAGCGCGAUGCCCUGCUCACAAAGCUGGCAAAUGCCGACGCCAAGCUGGCGGCCCAGAAGCGCGACCUGGAAGUUGCCGGAGCCGCAGGUCUCAAGCUCCAGGAGGACGUCGCCGCUGUCCGCCGCGCACUGACUGAGGCUCGCGCCGAACGGGAUGCCGCCAACGACAAGGUUUACGAGUUGGAGCGCGAGGCGCGUUCCCAGGCCAACGCCAUGAUCGACCUCAAGCUCGAGCAUCAGGAGGAGAUGCUCGACGCUAAUGAGAAGCUCGCAGCGGUUUCGGCCGAUGCCGACGCCGCCGACGCUGCAGCGCGUGCCGCCAAGGACACUAUUCGCAAGCUCAACACCGAGCUCGAGUCGUUGCACGACACCAACGACAAGCUCAAGUGCGAGGCCGAGGACGCCCGCUCGGCCAUGGCCGACCUGAAGGCCAAGCUCGAGGCCGCGCACUCGGCAGCGUGCUCAUCGCAGUCGUCGCUGGCCUUGGCACGGGCCGCAGAGCACGCGCUCAAGGCCGAGCUCGAGACUGCGCGUACACGCAUUGCCGAGCUGGAGGCAGCCAGCGCCGCAGCUGGUGAGCCGGCUCAGGAGUCUGCUCCCGAGUCGUCCAUCUCCUCCGAGCUGGCCAACGUAGCGUCGAUCGUCGCGUCAGCGGUCGACGGCCUCAACGGAGUCAACUCUGGUGAGCAGAGCCCGGACCUCUCGGUCCUCCGCGAGCAGUUCCUCAAGCUCUCGGCGUAUGUGCAGACGCUCAAGAAAAAGGUGGCGAGCGGCGGGUCCGGUGGAGGCGCGGGUGCCGGCGAUGUCACGCUGCAGCUGCGCAAGGCCAAGAAGACGAUCAAGUCACUUAUGGCGGCCAACAAGGUGCUGGAGGCCAAGGAUGGGGCGCCCAACGUGCAGGAGCUGUGCGACAAGCUCCGGAUUGUCAACGCUGAAAAGGUAGCACUCGAGUCGCAGCUCGAGGCGACGACCCACGCGUCGCGUACCGCCGUCGCUGCCCGCGACAAGGCCGAGAUGAAAAAGAAGAAGGCGUUGGCGGCUGUCAAGCGCCGCGACGCCACCAUCGCCGAGCUGGAAGCCAAGCUCUCGGUUGUGCCUGCAGGUUCGCCUGCACCAGUGCCGGAAGCCACAAGUGGUGACGAGCGGUCGCAGGUGGUUGCGGCGGCAGCAGCGGCGGCACGGAGCCGGCUGCUUGACGUGUGCCUCGACAAGCUGGCAGGCGUCGAGGCAGAGCUGUACAAGGCCAAGUCGGACCUCGAGGCUGCAGACAUGCAGAUUGGGCUCGACGACGCGUACAUCCGCGAGAUGGAGAGCGCAUACAAGGACAACUACAAGCACCUGGCCGAGGCCAAAGAGGCCGAGAUCAAGAAGCUGCAGGCGCAGCUGCACGCGCAAGACGACGCAGCCGAGUUUACCAUUGUCCGGCAAAAGGCCAAGAUCUCCGAGCUGGAGCUCGAGGCCGAGGCCGCGGCUAAGGAGCUCGUGGCCGAAAAGGCGGCGCACGCCAAGGAGCGCGAGGUGGCGGCUGCCGAGCGCGCAGCGCGGGUCCGUGCCGAGCUCGAGGCCAAGCUUGCGCGGGCAGCCGCAGCCGCAGCAGCGGCUGGUGACGGGGGUGCUGACGAGAACGUGUGCGACAACGCUAGAGCGGAGCGGGUCGGCCGCGAGCGGAUCCGCGACCAGUCCAACCGCGAGCGGUCGCGGUCGCAGCCACGCCAGACAGCGUCGUCCAAGCCGGCAUCCAAGACGAUAGCGCCGAUGGGCGCCAGUGGGAUGCCCGCCGGCAUGAUGCGCCGGCGGCAGUCGAUCGACGCCGGUGCUAUGGGCAUGUCGCCGCGGCGGAUGCGAUCGCCGUCGCCGGGCCCACCGGGCGGGUUCAUGCACCGCCCGCGCGCGGUCUCGCCGCAUCCGGUGCCGUUUGCUGUUGCUGCCAACGGCAACGGCACCUCGUCGCCUUUCCGCAUGCCAUCGCGGUCUCAAUACUCGGUGCGCAUGGUGUAACAAUGAAGAAUACUAAC